AUUAUUAUUAUUUACAUGAACAUCAGGAAUAAGAAAAAGUUUGAGAAUGACUGAAUAUGGAUUGAGAAAAUCAGGAUUUUACACAGAGCGUAUAAAAUCCUGACAUUCGUAUUUUACCCAAAGACGAGAUAUUUAAGCCUUACAAUGCUCUUAACCAGAAUUACAGGCUUUGUUUCUAAGAUUACAUCAGGUUUAAGUAUUUUAUGAGUAAAAAAAUCAUGAUUAAUCCACAAAAGAGUACUUGCAGUUCGAUAAAAUAUACAAACUAACAUUUAGACACGCACCUUAUUUUGAUAUAAUGCACUCACUUUGCAACUAUUGAUGGUACGAGUAGUAGACCACGUCAGAAAUUCAUAUUUCCCAACCAAUUCAUUGCAAUUUAGCAACUAUUACCAUGACAUAGGAAGGAGUUCAUGUAUGUUUACUUUGUGUUGAAUAGAUAACAAUUUUACCCUAAGUACUUACCAAUAUCAGAAUACAACAAUGAGUCAAGGGCGUUCCAGCAAGUAAUAUAAAAUUGUCGUGUCUUUUCAGACACGUACGAAUCAUAACUUUGCCAGCGUUUAAACUAACAGUACGGAGACAACAACAAUAUGAGAAGCUUUUCAUUAGUAUUUUUGAUAGCUGCUUGCAUCGGCUCCAAUAAGGUGAAUGUCAUGGCGCAGUUUGAUUUCUUUGGGAUUACUAUUCCCAAAUUCACGGAGUUCACCGUGCCUACGCUUCCUAAAAUAAAUAUUCCCCCAAUAAAUCCUAAUACAGUGAAGAAUAUGAAGCCUGUGAAUGGUGAGUCUUUGAACGCGGUCUUCGUUAGCUCCACGAGCUCCCAAAAGAACGUGGACGGCACCGUACAGAACACAUCCAAUGUUAAAGUUAUCAACAAUAGCAACGGAAAUGUCACCGAAUAUAGUUUUAAAAACUAAUAAGGUUCAAAAGGUUUUAAAGUGGAUAUUUAAGUUAAAAUUUUUCUUCGAAAAAUGUAUACAUAGAAUUAAAUUCUAUGUAUACAUUUUUCGAGAACGCCACCAGAGAAUAAAAUAUUGGAUUUGGAAAAAAAUUACGUGGUUAUCAAAAAUAAAUGUAUAUAAUAAUAUUUAUUUUUGGAAACGUUAUGUUAUUAAAAGAUAGACUUUAAGUUUAUAAGUGUUUUGUAGCUUAUUUAAAAUUGUGAUGCUCAAUUUGUGUUGGAUUUAGGUUUUUUAAUUGACUAUUUCAUUAAAGGAAUGACAAUUUUAAUGUUUCAGGAAUGUACAUUUUAUGAUAAUUAUUUAUUGAAUUUAUGUUGAUAUUUUUAUACUACAUGAAGGAAAAUUGUCAUAACUAGUUUAUUAAAGUUAAAGUUUGCAUUUUUAAAUAGAUAAGUUUUAUGAAUUUGUAUGUUUAUUCAAAUUGUUUUAAGUUUGAGAUACAUCUUGGUUUAAAGUCCUAUGUUUUAAGUUAAAACUUUACUUUCUGUCAAACUUUAAGGCUUGGCUGCUUACUCACUCACCCAGGUGUUUAACAGGUGGGCCAAAAGUCUCGGAAGCACUAAUAAUAUACAUAAUUUAUGUUAUAUAUUUUAUGAUAAUCGUAAAUUAAUUACACUAAUAUCAUAUCAUAUUACCGUUUAACUAUUAAUCAUUAAAAUAAAGCUAGUGUUUUUUUUUAUGACUAAGGUUUGUG